CGGAAGUGAUACUUUUUUGUUUUGAUUUGACAUCUAAACGGUAGCUACAAAAGUUAGCACUAAUUACUUUUUUACUUGCGGAUACCUGCAAUUUCAUGGCUACCCCACAUCUCACCAUUCAAAUACACUGACUUCAAGCCAGGAAUCUCCAAACACAAGUUAAGAUAGCCAGCUACCUUUCUAAAAGAGAGGGGAGUGAAGAUGGAGGAGCUGUACACUCUGGAAAGAGAGGUGGGACGAGGCAGCUAUGGAGUAGUCUUUGAGGGCCACGUCUCCAAAACGGGACAAUGUGUCGCCAUAAAGCGUCUUCCGUGCCGAAGCCCAGAGGGAAUUGAGCUGUACCUGCAGGAGCUGUGGGCCAUGAGAGCCACGGCUAAGAACCACGCCAAUGUUAUCGCUCUGCACGGCUGCCUUCUGCAGACUGGGCCCAAGACCCUGCAGCCCCUGAAGCCUGGCCAGCUGCCCCUGGAGCUGGUGGAAAGUGCCCUGAAGGGAAGCGUGUCUGGAGGCUCUAAGACCCAGGAGAGGGAACACUCGCCCUUCUCUCAAUCAAAAACACAGCGGAGAAAAAGCCACUCUGACCGCUCAAGGCCCCAACUUCAAGACAGGACCAACACCUGCUUCGCCAGAUCCAGGCAGGACAGGACUCAUUCAUACUCAUCCAGACCGAAGCUUCUGGACAGGACUAACACAGAGCUCUUCAGGCCCAGGAAGAGACCAGCUCCUGAGGAGGAGGAGGAGGCUAGUGGUCUUAGACGCUGCUCAGCCCUCUGGCUGGUGAUGGAGUAUUGUGACGGGGGGGACCUGAACCAGUAUCUCCUCUCUGGAGCCCCAGACCCUGAGCUGAACCACAGUGUGGUGCAGCAGCUUGGCAGUGCCGUGGCCUUCCUGCACGGCCUGCACAUCACACACCGGGACCUGAAGCCUGACAACGUGCUGGUCUGCCUCACGCCUGCCGGGCCCGUCGUCAAGGUGGCAGACUUUGGCCUGUGUAAGAUGAGCGUGGGGCAGGCCAAGUGUGACCUGACCAGGCAGCACUUCUCCUCCACCUGCGGCUCAGACUUCUACAUGGCUCCAGAGGUAUGGGGCGGGCUCAGCUACACAGCCCAGGCAGACAUCUUCUCCCUGGGGGUGAUGUUCUGGGCCGUCCUGGAGAGGAUCACCUUCCUGGAGGAAGGAUCUACGCAGGAACAGCUGGGUGCCUAUGUGUGUAAGGGCCGCUGGCUGAUGCCGCUUGGGGAAGCCCUGAGCGAGAACCCAGACCUCCAGCUGUGUAUCCCCCUGAAGGCCCGCCGUGCUCCCCCUCUACCGCCCCCUCCUGGCCAGGCCGUGUGUGCGCUGCUCCAGGACAUGCUAGCCUCAGACCCUGAAGCCAGGCCCAGGGCUGCACAGCUGGAAGGCAGGAUCUGCUCUGCUCUGAGCGAGGGAACCGACUGUCACGGUCCUGGAUGACUUGAAGGUGUUUAACUUUAAUAUGAGCUUCCUGUUAUGGAGAUUGAGACAGUCUCUAUCUGCAGUGACAGUGACUUGAAUAUCCCAACAUCUUGAUGUAAUGGAUUAUUCAGUGUGUACGGCACCUACAAAAAUGGAAUGUUUAUUCUUACUGCUGCUUGAAGCCUUGCAUUGAGUUUUGUCUGGAAUUAGAAUUUUUCCGCUAACAUCAAUUGACUUUGGUGAUAUUUAAAGCAAGAGUUUUGAUUUGUUGCUCUGAAUUGUAUGAAAUAUUUCAAUAAUAUUGUUUAGUGCUUCAUCAUGGAUUAUACUUGAAUAAUUGUGGCAACUUAAGUUAACCACUUGAUGUUUUUUUCAAUAUUCUGUAACAUUACCCAGUAUUGCUUAGCAAUAAAUACAUAUUUAUGGAGUAUUGGCUGUUCCU